GUCCUGCCCCCAGACAUGUCCUGCUACGACCAGUGCCGGCCAUGCCUUCCAUGCCAGCCCUGUGGCCCGACCCCGCUGGCCAGCAGCUGCAAUGAGCCCUGCGUCAGGCAGUGCCAGAACUCCACCAUCGUCAUUGAGCCCUCUCCUGUGGUGGUGACCCUGCCCGGCCCCAUCCUCAGCUCCUUCCCGCAGAACACCGUUGUGGGAUCCUCCACCUCCGCUGCCGUUGGCAGCAUCCUCAGCUGUGACGGAGUCCCCAUCAACUCCGGGUGCUGUGACCUCUCCUGUAUUACCAGCCGCUACUGUGGCAGCAGGUGCCGCCCCUGCUAAAGAUGCCAGACAGUGCCCCAGACCAGGACCUCAGGAACUCAGAACAUGCUGCUGGACAAAAAUGAAUGGAAGAACAGACCUCGUGCUGUUGUUC